CUGUUUUUGGUGUAUUGGGAUCCCCUUCUCGCAUCAAAGUCCAAUUCCCAUCCAUCUGUUCCGUGGCCUGCAAAUAGUACCGGCCGUCGGUCCACAUACAAGCCUCCCGGGCGGUAACUAUAGCAGUACCGGCGGAACCAUCAAAACCCGAUACAAAGCCCCUUAAUUUAUCACAGUCAGCCAAAUAUUCACUGUUGUGAGAAUCCGCUGAAGGCACAAUGUAGGCAGCCAGAGGCUCCGGAGUGUGGACUUUGGACAGCAUCAGAGCCCUAAGCUGUUUCAAUAGGGCUGUUGUCGAUUUGGGGCCCGGCAUAAUUAGACUUGACAAUAAAAUAUUAUUGAAUUUCUAAUAUUGGAAAAUGACACGUACUUACCUUUGUGGUGAUUUUAUUUAAACAAAAAAAAAAAAAAGAGGAUUAUUUGAUUUUAGUAAUCACAAGAGUGCAUUAUCUUAUCUUGAUUUUGAUUAAUAAAAAAUUAUUAAAAAAAUAGAAAUUAUUUUGGUUUUGACAAGGCAAAGGCAGGUAAAUUUGAGGUUAUGUUUAUGUAUACAGAUGGUCGCCAUAUUGGGCGCUUUCUUUUAUUUAGCGAUGACAAGUCUAUCUUUGUCUAGUUCAUAGAAAAUCGGGAUGGCUGUCUCAUAAUGCUGUCAGUAGAUGGAUACAUUACUGAAUAAAAGAUUACGUCCAUUGUUUCGAUUUUAAUAGCGAUAUCCAUUUGUAAAAUCAACGCAAAAUAAAGUAUCCUUAUCCUUAUAUUUUACAUGCUUUUAGAAAAAGAUGUGGAUACAUUCAGUGCGCACUAAUUUACAAAUAGCCUCCCAUCGACAAAAAAAAAAAACUGGCAACACUGUCCUAAAUUGUCACUGUCAAGUGUCAAGAAAACAUUUUAUAAACAAAAAUGUAUAAAACACAAAAAUAAUCUAAUUAAAUUUUCACUUUUUCCAAUAAAAUCCAAUUAAUAAUGGAUUGAAAAAAACAAUGAAGAAUUCGAAGUCGGUAUCGGUGCAAGUGCUCGACAGCGACAUCGCCCUACUGUUGCCCAAUGGUGUCUACGAAAUCAAGCAAAUGGAUUCAAAGUCCUCGUCUUCCAACAGAUUGAAGCAAAUUUGCCUUUUUUGUUUGGCCCUUUGCCUGUUUGGAAUCUUUGGUUUUGGAUAUUUUUGUCCAGAGAAGGUCUGUGCACUAUCUUCGAAAGACCUGCCGCCUUCGAUAAAAGACAGCUUGGGCAAACCGUUGCUAUUGGAAAGCAACAAAAUAGGGCUGAGCUAUGACGACAUGUUAAAUGACGAUUUCGCUUUUGAUAUGGACUCACAUGAUGUCAUGGUGUUUUUGCACAUGCAAAAAACAGGUGGUACAUCGUUUGGAAAACACCUGGUACACGAUUUGGACUUGAAACGCCCCUGCAAGUGCCCUUUAACCCGAAAAAGGUGCUAUUGUUUCCGGCCUCAUUCCAAUCAAAGUUGGCUGUUUAGCCGGUACACGACCGGCUGGAAGUGCGGACUGCACGCUGAUUGGACCGAGUUGACCGGAUGCGUCGACGAAAAAUUAGACGAACUUGAAGAUGUUGUCAAAAGACGCUACUUUUAUAUUACUUUAUUGAGAGAGCCAGUAUCCAGGUACUUAUCGGAAUUUCGUCACGUGCAACGCGGCGCCACCUGGAAAGGGGCGCGGCACUUUUGCAAAGGGCGCAGCGCCACUUUGGAAGAGGUGCCGCCGUGUUACGACGGCGAAAACUGGGAGGGGGUGGAGCUUAACGACUUUAUCAAUUGCGACGGUAAUCUGGCUGCCAAUAGGCAAACGAGGAUGUUGGCAGAUUUGGAAUUAGUUGGUUGUUAUGACAAGUCAUACAUGUCAAAAUCGGACAGGGACCGUAUAAUGCUGGCCAGCGCCAAAAAGAAUCUCCAAUCGAUGGCCUUUUUCGGUCUCACCGAGCUUCAAAAAAUCUCCCAAUACAUUUUCGAGGAAACUUUUAAUCUGCGCUUCGCCAUACCCUUUGAGCAAAACAACUCGACAGUUUCCAGCUCUACUUUGACAACUUUGACUGCUGAGCAAUCAGCCAAAAUUGCUGAACUGAACAGUUUGGAUAUUGCGUUGUAUAAUUUUGCUAAAAAGCUGUUGCUGGCCAGGUUUGAGAAGCUGAAAUCGCGGGAUGGGGAUUUUGAGGAAAGGUUUGAGCAUUUAGGGGUGCUGAAUGGGAAAAACAACCCCACUGGGUUUGAUUGGGAUAAAAUCGAUGAUGCAAACGAAGACAGAAAAUGACACAGGGCCAAAAAAACGGUGUGAGUCAAACAAAGAUAGAAAAUGUGUGGAUUGGAUAAAAGUGACAGUUAUAAAUGUCAAACUUGUUUUGACACUUUCCUUGCUACAGUGCUGCCAUAAUUAAAAUGUUAUAGACACGUUAUUUUAAUUUAGGUUUGAAUAAUUGGGUUAUUAUUGACAAAUUUAACCACAUAAUAAUACUCAUUUCUCAUUGUCAAUAAUGGUUCAUAGUUACGUUUUUUUUUUGUGCCAUCUAGAGAGGAAGAAUCUGAGACUAAACGAACAAGAAUACAAUGUUGUCAGAUUUAGUCAAUCUUUCUCAACAUCAAAUUAUUGGAAUUAUUAUAUUAUUAAUAUUAGGUUGACUGAUUUGAUUUUUACCAUAAAGUGUUUCUUUUUAUAAUUUUUAAAAAAGGACAAAGAUAUUAUCAAAAACGAAGACACUAUGUUAGUUAACAAAUACCUCAAUAAUUAGCUAACAGGAACUUAUAUUUUAAUGACUUAUUGUAGACGAUAUUAUUGAUUUUUCUGCAAUUUUAAAAUGUUUUAAAUUAAAACGAAUUAGUUUUGUACAUAAUAUAAUAGUAAUGUAUAGUAGGAUUAAGGAAUAGACAUCUGGUGGACAAUAACAUCAUUUAAGGGUUAGUUUUUUUGCACUAAAAGUGGAACGAGUAAAAAUUAUAAUUUUUUAAAAUUUAUAAACAUAUUUAGGGUGUUGAAUAAUAACUGUAUCUGUAUGAUUAAAGGUGGAUUUACAUGUAUCCAGUAGUCUCAUUGGCGUUUCAGUUCUAAUUCAGCUACACUAGAUACGUGUAGAUCAACUUUAAUAUCUGGUACAUUAUUUUUAUUCAAAUUAAUGUUAGGAAAUGUUGCAGCUAUUUUUUAGUUGGCACACCUGAAUUUUUAUAUUUUUGACUGAUAUGAACGGUUGCUUUUGAUGUUUUACCCAAUGUAAUUAAUUAUUGAAUUUCUAUAGAUAUGAACCUUAUACCAAAGAAUUUUUAAUUAUUUUAGUGCAAUUUUUUUAAAAUUUUAAUAUAAAUGUGUGUAUUUCUUAUAAGAGCUUGACAAUCCCUGAUUUUUGUACUUUUGUCAAUAUAGAAUCGUUUUUAUUGUAAUAGUAAUUUUAAAUGUUGAAAAGCGAAUAAAUGAUAUUUGAAUUU